GAUUCAAAAUAAUGUCUGUCGAUGGUAAUUGGCAAGUAAUCGUAAGAAAUAAAAAUGACCUAGAAGAAUUCCUCAAUUCCACGUGCAAAUUAAAUUACAAUUAAUUAGGCCGCUGCCGCUGAAGGCUGAAGGCUGAAGGCUGAACUGAAACAAACAAACAAGUUCGCUGCGACGGCCGGGCCUUCUUCACGCCGCCCAAAACAAACAAGUUCCCUGUUAUCUUUUGACUAUUGAGGUGAGGACCCCAAAACACACACUCUCGCUCAAGCAUACAUACAUACAUACAUACAUACGAUACAUCCAUAGCCGCUCGCUGUGACUUGACUUGCAGAGCCGCCGCCAAAAAGUAAACUAAUCCCGCCGGCCGAGUGUUUUUCUCCGACAAGUCACAAGUGGAAUUCAACAGAUAUCAGCAGUUGAGUUCCGUUCAGUGAAAGACUGUCGACAGAUGAGUGGCUCUGGCUGUCUCAAAUCUUUGAUGCUCGCUCUGACUCUCCACCAAUUCCCCGACCCCCUCUUCUUCCAUCGCUUCCCGCCGCUUCAUUUCACAACCAAACCCAAACCCACCUCAAGUUUCAAUCUUCACAAGGUUCGCUUUCGUGGGAGUGUCAUCCGGUUGAGCUCGCCAGAAGAAUAUACUAGUAAUGCAGCAGCAGCCAAUGCCCAUGUCCUCGACGACUCUCUACUUCAUCAAAAUGAAGGUAAUAAUCCAAAGGGGAUUGAAUUCCUGCAUUCCAUGGAAACACGUAGUGUUCGUGCUAAUUGUCAGACAUAUAUUUGGCUUUUAAAAGGCUGCUCCAAUUCCGGUUCCUUGUUAGAUUCUAAAAAGCUUCACUCUAGGAUUCUGAAGCUGGGUUUUGAUGCUGAACAUGUAAUAUGCGAUGGCCUUAUUGAUGCUUACCUUGCCGCUGGUGAUUUAGAUUGCGCAGUUAGGGUUUUUGAUGAUGUGCCCUACAGAAGUUUGUUUUCAUGGAAUAACAUAAUUCAAGUGUUUCUUGCAAACAAGUUGACCAGUCAAGUAUUGGAUUUCUUUUCCCGAAUGUUAGCAGAUAAUGUGCAUCCUGAUGAGACCACGUUUUCCAGGGUUUUAAGGGCAUGUGGUGGCAGUAAUGUUCAUCUUCAAUAUGUCAAACAGAUUCACGCUAGGGUUAUCUGUCAUGGUUUUGGUACUAGUUUGCUUGUGUGUAAUCCCUUGAUUGAUUUGUAUGCCAAAAACGGGUCUGUAGAUGCUGCUAAAAAGGUCUUUGAUAAAUUGUAUAUAAGGGAUAGCGUUUCCUGGGUUGCCAUGAUUUCUGGUUUAUCUCAGAAUGGACGCGAAAAAGAAGCAAUUCUCUUAUUCAUUGAGAUGCAAACGUCAGAUAUUUUACCCACUCCUUAUGUGUUCUCCAGCGUGCUAAGUGCCUGCGCCAAAAUAGAGUUAUUUAAGAUGGGAGAGCAACUGCAUGGACUUAUUUUCAAGGGGGGUUUUUCUUGUGAAACAUAUGUAUGCAAUGCACUUGUGACGUUAUAUUCCCGCUCAGGGAACUUUAUAUCUGCUGAACAAAUUUUCAAAACAAUGUGGCACAGGGAUGCAGUAUCUUAUAACUCACUGAUCUCUGGGUUAGCUCAGUGCGGAUUUAGUGAUAGAGCAUUGGAAUUGUUCAAAAGAAUGCAGAUUGAUUGUUUGAGACCAGACUGUGUUACAAUUGCUAGUCUUUUGAGCGCAUGCGCCGAAAUUGGUGCUCUGCAGAAGGGAAAACAACUCCACUCACUUGCAAUAAAAGCGGGAAUGUCAUCAGAUAUUAUCCUUGAAGGUUCUCUGCUUGAUCUUUAUGUGAAAUGCUCAGAUGUGCAAACUGCCUAUGAUUUUUUCCUUACAACAGAGACAGAAAAUGUGGUCCUGUGGAAUGUAAUGCUAGUUGCUUAUGGUCAGUUGGAUGAUCUGGAUCAAUCAUUUCGGAUAUUUAGGCAAAUGCAUGUUGAGGGCAUGAUUCCUAAUCAGUACACCUACCCUAGUAUCCUAAGAACCUGUACCUCUGUUGGAGCUCUCAAUUUGGGAGAGCAGAUACAUACUCAAGUCAUAAAAACUGGUUUUCAUUUUAAUGUUUAUGUCUGUAGUGUGCUCAUUGAUAUGUAUGCUAAGCAUGGGGAGCUGGAUACCGCCCUGAGAAUUCUCAGACGACUCACUGCAGAUGACGUCGUCUCAUGGACAGCUAUGAUAGCCGGGUAUGCACAGCAUGAUCUAUUUUCUGAAUCUCUGAUACUUUUUGAAGAAAUGCAAAGGCGAGGGAUUCAGUCUGACAACAUAGGAUUUUCAAGUGCAAUAAGUGCAUGUGCUGGUAUUCAAGCACUUCGUCAAGGAAGACAAAUUCAUGCUCAGUCGUGUGUCUUUGGUUAUUCAGAUGAUCUUUCAGUUGGAAAUGCACUUGUUACCCUUUACGCUAGAUGUGGUAGAAUACAGGAAGCGUACCGAGCAUUUGAGGCAACUGAUUCUAAAGAUAAUAUGUCAUGGAAUGGAUUGAUAUCUGGGUUUGCACAGAGUGGGAACUAUGAGGAAGCACUGCAGGUAUUUACUCGGAUGAAUAAAGCUGGAAUAGAAGCUAACAUGUUCACAUUUGGCUCUGCAGUUAGCGCUGCUGCUAACUUAACAAAUAUAAAACAAGGGCAGCAGAUUCAUGCCACAAUUAUAAAAACUGGCAGCAAUUCCGAAACGGAGGUUUCCAAUGCGUUAAUCACAUUGUAUUCAAAGUGUGGUAGCAUUGAUGAUGCCAAGAGAGAGUUUUCUGAAAUGCCUGAAAAAAAUGAGAUUUCUUGGAAUGCCAUGAUCACUGGCUAUUCUCAACAUGGGCGUGGUAUUGAAUCAAUACACCUAUUUGAGCAGAUGAAACAACUUGGUAUAGCACCAAGCCAUGUCACAUUUGUGGGGGUACUUACAGCCUGUAGCCAUAUAGGCUUGGUAAAUGAAGGGCUUGGCUACUUUGAAUCCAUGAGAAAAGAGCAUGGGUUAGUGCCUAAGCCUGAACACUAUGCUUGCGUUGUUGAUCUUCUAGGUAGAGCUGGUUCUCUGAGCCGUGCCAGAAAGUUUAUAGAGGAGAUGCCAGUGAAACCAGAUGCAAUGAUUUGGAGGACUCUUUUAAGUGCUUGCAUAACUCGCAAGAACACUGAAAUUGGAGAGUUUUCUGCCAACCAUCUUCUAGAACUGGAACCUGAAGACUCAGCAACGUACGUGCUGCUAUCCAAUAUGUACGCAGUGUCAGGAAUGUGGGAUCGUAGGGAUCAGACGAGGCAAUUGAUGAAGGAAAGGGGUGUGAAGAAAGAGCCCGGUCGUAGCUGGAUUGAGGUCAAGAAUUCAGUUCAUGCCUUCUUUGUCGGUGACCGACUGCACCCACUUGCAGAUACGAUUUAUGAAUUCUUAGGGGAUUUGAAUGAGCGGGCAGCUGAAAUUGGUUAUGUUGAGGAUCGUUCCAACCUUUGGAAUGAUAUGGAACAGAAGCAGAAGGAUCCAACAGUAUAUAUCCACAGUGAGAAAUUGGCAAUUUCUUUUGGCCUACUCAACUUAUCUAAUGCUGUUCCUAUACGUGUAAUGAAGAAUCUUCGUGUUUGCAAUGAUUGCCAUAAUUGGAUCAAGUACACGUCGAAGAUUUGUAAUCGAACUAUCAUAGUACGAGAUGCUUAUCGUUUUCAUCAUUUCAAAGAUGGUGCUUGUUCUUGUAGAGAUUACUGGUAAGACGGUCAAAAGGUUAUGAGGAGGAAAUCAUUGUUUGCACGGAGGAUUUCAAUCACUUCAUAUGAUUGAGCCCCCUACUGAAGUUUCCUUUUAUAGAAUUACCGGCGGCCAAAACCAAACUUCAGCAGUGUGCACUAGCUCUGCCGUGUCCAAUUUCUGGUAGCUACUGCUUCUUUCUGGAAUUUGAAUGUUUAAGGACUUGGUAGCGAUUGGUUACUCCAGGUGAGGAUUGCCUUUGCCUUUCUUAAUAUUGAAGCCCUGGAUAGUGGAUAGGGGUUCUUUAACACUUGGAGACCAUCAAACCAAUUGGAUUUGAUAAGCAUGAGGAUGAGGAGGAGCUUUUCCUAUUCUUUAUGGAAAAAGAGAGAGAAAUCUCAUGGAUCACAGCUUCGAUCUACGAGUCCUGAUUCUCCGAUUUCUGAGUCAGAGAGAGUUUGGACCUGCUUUUGGGAAUUAGGAAUUGUGUUAUUGUGGUAGAAGUGGAACAUAAGUAGUGCAUGAAACAGCAAAAGACUGUUCAAUGCUGAUUGUUUGUUGGUAAUUUUACUGCUUGUAUGUAUGUUUGGUUUGUGGUUGUAUCUUGAUUCAAUCAUUGUGAAUUCAAUUGUAAAAGAAAGAAAGACGUGGUGAUAGUGGACAAAUUCUAUUUGCAAUUUCUUUUCUGCUAAUUUGAAGCUCAAUUGCUUUCGGAUGAAACUCUUACAGUUUCUUCUCCGGAUAAACAAA